UCGCGCAAACGUUCCUCCCCAUCACAACAACAAAAGUCGAUCAGGAUCACCCGAGAAAACGAAACACCGGCUCCAAGAAAGCUUGAGGCAGCAACGACAAUGGCGUCUCGUCGCUGGUUCGCGUACGACCCCUACGACUACUACACCACCACCCCGCACCAGUACCCCUACCCGUACUACCACCAUCAAUCAGCCCCUGACCGCAGCGCCGGCGGCUUCUUCCCCGACGCCGCGGACACCAAGCCGGCGGCGAGGGCGGCCGCUCGACCGAGAGCCGGGUCGUCGAGGUCGGUCUCUAUUCCAGUCCACUUCGUCGGGUCCGACCCGGAGCCGGAGCGGGAGACGGCUAGGAUGCCGGCGCCGGCGGCGGUUCCGAGGAAGCAGGUUCUGUCGGAGGAGGAGGCGGCGGUGAAGCUGCAGGCGGCGGCGCGCGGGUUCUUGGCGAGGAAGACAGUGCGGGCGGUGCGCGAGGUGGAACGGGAGGCGGAGGAGGUGGCUCGGAGGGUGGCGCGCGAGGCAGAGGCGCCGCGCGUGGACGCCAGAACGAGGAUUGCCGUCGGGGAGGAGCUCAUGAGGCUGCUGCUGCGGCUCGACGCGGUGCGCGGCGCGCGGGAGUACCGAAGGAGGGUGACCAAGAAGGUGCUCGUGCUGCAGGACGCUGUCGACGCCCUCGAGCCCAGGCUGGCGCCGGCACCCACGGCGGUGGCGGAGAAGCCCGAUACCGCGGACGUCUCGCCAGCCGUCGAGAUGGCGGAGAUGGCGUCGGAGCUGCCGGACGCCGCGGAGCAUGGCGGUGAGACGGAACCGAAGACUGCGGCCGAGAUGGAGGUGGACGGAGGCAGAGCCGCCUGCGAACCGGACGCGGCAGAGGAAACUGAACUGGCGCAGGACGGCGCGAAUAUUGGGGCUGACAGGCCGGUGAAUGCGGACGCGGAGGGCGAGUGGGAGAUGGUGACGGAGGAACCCGGGCCGGCGGCGUCCUCCGAAGCGGCGCCGCGGCCGCAAGAACCGGCGGGGGAGGAGAUCAGGAGGACGGCGGAGGCCGGUGCCGCCGACGCCCUGGACGCGAGGAAGGUGAUGGAGAUGGUGGCGGCGCUGUGCGAGCGGAGCGCGCAGCAGUGUGCUGUGAUCGGCGCGCUGGCGGAGCGCGUGGACGCGCUGGAGCGCGCCGUGAGGCGGGUGGAGAAUGCCGAACGGCGCCGGCGGCGGGGCAAGAAGCUCAGAAAGGAGGGCAGGGGGAGCAACCACCGCAAGUACUACAGCGAAUAAGGAUUAAUGACAACAACAGGCACUAAUAACAGAUUUGAAUUUUCAGCUUUUUCUAUAUCCAAUGUAUUGAGUAAUUGCGACCAUAGAAAUCUGCCCUUGCUUGUUUCAUUGGGUUUGUAAUUCAUAUUUUCAUUGUUUGAUUGCUUGAAAAUUCUGCA